GGGUCGCGCGAUGUGGCCGUUGGGGCUGUGCCCUUCGCCAACGUCUUCUCCCUCAGCGACGGGCCGGCCGGUCCGGGCCAGGGCAGCGGCGUGCCCUACCUCUACCUCACCAACCUCGAGGUGUCCGUGCGCGACCUGCAGGUGAAUGCUAAUGCCUCCCUAACAGUGUCUUUAGCACAGACUCCUUACUGCAAGAAAAACAAGUAUGAUCCACAGAAUCCCUUGUGUGCCCACAUAAUCUUCGCUGGGACUGUUGUAAAGGUGAGUGAGACAGAAUCGGGUUUAGCAAAACAAGCAUUAUUCACUCGACACCCUGAGAUGGAAAGCUGGCCUCGAGAUCAUAACUGGUUCUUUGCCAAAUUCAACAUUACCAAUAUCUGGGUCCUGGACUACUUUGGUGGCUUGAAAAUUGUGACCCCAGAGGAUUAUUACAGUGUCAAACCCUAGUAGAAGAAUACUGUGGAUGAUCAUAAAAACGAACUGUUUGGGCCUUUCCUGUGCUUUCUAUUUGAAACUAUUUCCCACUGAGCCAAUAAUGAAAAAUCGGAUUCCUUCUACUUUUUUUAAUUGGCUUACUUUGGGUAUAUCCCCGUUUCUUGUGAUCUUGUUACUGAGACUUACUGGCAGGUAUUCAUGAAAAAUGAAUCUUCAAACCAUAUGUUCUAUUGCAGAAGAGAUGUUUAUUCAAGCUGGGCUGGUUAUUUGUGUGUCUAAUAUUCCCCAGAUUCUACAAGCUCAAUCCACAGUUCUAAGUAGUUUGGUUUAUUUGUUACAUAUAACAAUUUGCCUGUGUGCAAUCUGCAAGCAGACUGUGCAGGCUUAUCUGAAACUAAUGUAUUGGCUUAGCUCUACAUGUGCCUUACUUUAAAUUUCAUGUGUUUGUAGUAUAUUUAAAAAUAUUUUAACCAAAAUUAGCUUUGUUUUGCCUUUUGAGGCAGAGUAAACUAGCCAGCUGAAUUCUACAGAGUUACUUUCAUAUAUAAGGUGUAGAGUGCCGCUUCCACCAAGCUAGAGUAUGACCAGAUGGGAACCUGCGCUCUCGGAAAACCUUGAACAUUGAUCAGUGCAAUUGUAAUCUGUUCUGCUACCUAUAUGACACUCAUUGCUGUAAUAUGACUGUCUUUAUGCAAACCAGACAUGACCCUCUGGUUCCUGGUAAGUUUCUAGCACAGCAUUUAGUUGGGGGAUGUUUGUGUCCUUGUUCUUCAGAUUCAAGCUAUGGUUAGGAAAGUGUCUUUUUAUAUAUAACUCUUGGGAUUGUGGUUUUAUUUUUCCUGAAUAAAAUUAAUCAGUUCUCACUUU